UUAUUAGACUCAAAACUCGCCAAGCAAUGCUAACUACAUUGUUUGCCUCGAAUUAUAAGACGCUUAGAAUACGGACACUGGGAGCAAACGUGUAUCUCAACCACUAGUAUCGCAGCUAUCGACAUAGUAGAAGGGAAGCUCCUCGCGACUAAGCACCGAGCAAAGCCAGCACUCACUCACCUAUCUCACAACCCCCCAACCCGCCGCAAUGGCACCCGCAUUCUCAUCCACCCCCCCACCACGCUCCCGCUUCCGCCUCGAAUUCCGCAUCAUAAGCGACGGCCAGGACACCGCGCGCGCCCAAGCCCUCACCCACGCCGGGCACCACAGCACAUUCCCCAAGUUCCCCCUGCUGCCGCCCGAGCUACGCCUCAAGGUCUGGGAGUACCUAUUAGCGCCGCGCAUCGUAGCAGUAGCCUGCAUCGACGACGCCUCCUCGCCGUCCGACGAGGACAACAACGAGCCCCCGUCUCCGUGGCCCUCGUUCCCCGACCUGCAGGUCCCGCCUCCGCGCGCCGUGCCAGCGCUCCUGCUCGUCAACCACGAGACGCGGGCGCUGGCGCUGUCGCGCUACGAGCCCGCCUUCGCGUGGAAAGUCCCGUACGUCUUCGUCGUGAACUCCCCGUCGCAUGCGACCGCAGGCGCAGCGGCGUGGUCGCGGCCGCGCGUCUGGUUCGACUACGAGCGGGACGCGCUGUACUUGGUCGGGGAGCUGGAGCCGUGCGAUAGCUACGGGUUCAACAGCGCGAUGGCGUAUUUCCUGCGGCGCGAAGAGGCGCGGCGCGUGCGACGGCUGGUCGUUGCGUUCGGCGCGCUGGGGUUCGGGGAAGCUGGGUGGCAGCACAUUUUCGGGGCGCUGUUCCAUGUUGUGGAUCGGUUCUCGAGGAUAGAUGGGGGGAGGGUGUUGGUUGCUGUUGUGCCGAGGGACGAGUUUACGCAUUUGCUGAUAGGAGGGGAAGAGCCGUUGGUGCGUCCGGAGGCGGAGGUAGGGGGUAGCUCUAAGAAUAGGCCGGGGGAUGAGGGGAAUAUUGUGCAGAGAAUUUGGAGUGAUUGGUAUAGAGGCACGUCGGCGCUGGCGAAUGCGCGGUUCGAGCUGGUCCGGGAGGCGGAUCUGCCAGAGUAUAUCGCGAAGCCGACCAGGUCUGUUAUGACUAGACCGUAGUAGUAUCCUUAUUGGACAACAUUGAAUAUUCAUAGAACAUGGCCAUAUGAUACAAUACGACUACAUAAUUUAUAUACAUAUACACUGCCCUCUUAGGUUGAGUGGUGACUGGCUAUUACCAGAACGACACGUAUGGUACAUAAUUACAUUAUACAAUCCCUCCAAACUGCGUAGUUUUGAUCGUCGAACUAGAAUCUAUGGCCGUUUCCACUUUACCGUUCGUCUUUUUCUCGUUUGCUCAUAACUCUGCAUAGUGCGGGGGCACCUUCAUCUGCGCGGCCUUUGAUG